GAUGGCUGCCCACAUGCAAAAAAGUGCAUGAGAUUUUCAAACAAGCGAUUUAUGUGACAGCUAGCUCUGUAUGAAAUGUAUGGAUAGUGGAUAAAGAAGUUACUGUCUACAAAUACAUACUGUACAAUUAAUCAAAUAACAAAUGGAAUAUUCUGCUGAAAACAUUGAGUCCGCAGUUCGUCAGUUUUACUAUGAUGCCAGCCUACAGAGAGAGGUACACAAAUGGCUGACUUCAGCACAGGUAUCACCAGAAGCCUGGUCCUUUUCCUGGGAGCUUCUAGGGGACAACAAGAGUAUUGAAGUGCAGUUUUUUGGGGCAAGCACACUGCAUGUGAAAAUAGCCAGAUAUUGGAAAGAGGUUCCCCAUGAUCAGUAUCUCAGCCUGCGAACCCGUCUCUUUGAGAGGAUUUUUCAGUUCACGACAGGGCCGAAGAUGGUGUUGACCAGACUGUGUGUGGCUAUGUCUGCCCUUGCUCUCCACACAAUGCCAGAUGUAUGGCCAGAUCCGGUGUAUGACAUGAUCUCAACCUUCCAGCAGGAAGACAUCCCAAAUUUAAGUUCAGUACAGAAGGCUACAGUGUUACUGGACCUGCUAACAGUUGUACCUGAAGAGUUCAUCACAUUAAACCUUACUCAUCACAGACGUGGUAUUCUCCGAUUUGAACUGGAAAAAGCCUUAAAACAUGUGCUGCCACUGUUACAGAGCAUCCUGACCCCUUCGUCACCAGCAGGGGUGUAUGAGCAGGGGCUGCGGUGCUUCGCCAGCUGGGUGGAGUUUGGUAUCCCCAUCAUGGAGGGCGAGCAGAUCAUACACCAGGUGUUCCAGACAAUUGGCAAUGAACAGCUGUUUGACACGACUAUAGACACACUAGUCAGCGUGUUUUCACACCCAGACACACACAGGUAUCCAUACACUGUCAAAAGACUUCUCCCUCAAGUGCUUCAGGUUCAAGAUAUGUUCAAUAAGGCGGCUCAGGAUUCUGACAUGGAUACUUGUCAUGGAAUUUGUCGUUUGGUUGUAUCGGUGGCAGAGAAUCAUUCCAAGAUGAUAGUAGACAGUAUAUAUGGUGAAGAUGAAACUGCCAGAACCAACUGCCUUAACUUAAUCAACCUGGCCUUGUCCAUAACAGCUGCUCCUGGUCAUUACCCUGUAGAGGAGAUUUGCAGCGACCUGACCUUCACCUUCUGGUACAUCCUUCAGGACGAUAUAGUAGCCCUGGAGCAGGAUAAGUACCGCACUGUUCUAGCUGUGCUACAGCCCAUCUACCUGUCCUUAAUAGAGGUGCUGCUAGUCAAAGUCCAGCACCCACAACCCUCAGAGUUUGAUUCCUGGUCAGCAGAUGAGAAAGAACAGUUUCGCUGUUACAGACAAGACAUAGGAGACACAAUGAUGUAUGCGUUUAACAUUUUGCACGAGCCUCUUUUGGGGCACAUGUGUAAUAUGCUGGGAAAUCUGCUGGAGUCUGGUACACAAGGGGCACAGUGGCAGAUGAUAGAGGCCGUAUUCUUCCUGUUUGGGUCUGUGGCUGAGAGCAUUGACCAGUGUGAAGAGGUUUAUCUGCCUGCCUUGCUCAAUAUGUUACCACGUAUACCCUUCAACAAUGUGAAACUCAUAUCUACAGCAUUGUACAUGAUAGGUUCGUUUGGGGAGUGGCUGAGUUAUCACCCCAACUGCCUGGGCUGUGUUAUCCCACUGCUUCUACAGGGAAUGGAGAACCCAGAGGUUGCCACGGCAGCCACCAUGGCGCUCAAGGAUGUUACCAGGGAAACACUGGACCAUAUCCAUCCAUACUCUCAUCAGAUUCUCUCGUCCUGUAAGGUUGCUUUGGAGAGCAACACAUUGAAGUCACGAGAAAACGUCCGUAUCAUGUCCUCAGUGGGUCAGGUGUUGUCCGUCAUGCCUUUCUCUGAUAUCAUGCAAUACCUCAAUAGUAUCCUCACCGUUCAUCUCAACCAACUAGAGCAAUACUCAAAAGAAGUGCCGUCAGCCACAUCCAAAGCUGGUAUCUUGCUCAAACUAAACAUGCUGAGCUGGUUGUUUGCCUCGCUAAACACAACGCGAGACCAGGUUGAGGAUGAAGAAGGAGAACAACUUCAGCAGACGAGACAAACCUCGAAUGACCCCAAACCUGUAUUUGUGAUACUACAGCAGAUCUGUCCAUUACUUCACACAAUAAUUGAGAAGUGGAUUAAUGAUGCAGGUGUGAUUGAGGCAGUUUGUGAACUGUUUAAGAGGGCAUUACGGACACUGAUGGAGGACUUUGCUCCCAUCUGUAACCAGGUGACGCAGAUGUUGAUGGAGAUGUACCAGACUGUGCCCUACGCAGCUAUACUCGACAUUUCUAAACAGCUGAUAGUACUGUUCAGUACUGAGAAGGAAAUGGAGAACACAACAAAAGGCUUAUUCAGUGCAGUUUGUGGGAAGACGUUAACAUUAUUCCAGUCAGGGGCAGGUAUUCAGGAGCACACAGAUGUUGUGGAACAGUUCAUGGGCUUCCUGGCUCAGAUGACAAAGAAAUGCAGGCAUUUGGUCACAAAAGAAACUUGUAGUUUAGAGGGACUUUUCCAAGCAGGUAUUGUAGGCAUGGCAUUGCCAGAAAGCCAUACUGUCAAGGCCGCGUGCUGUUUCUUGGGGGAGUUCAUGAUGGCGGGCAGCUCAAGUCCUGAAAUCCACGAAGUCACAUUAUCCAAUGCUCAUCACCUCAUUGAUCAGCUGCUUAGGUGUAUAGGAGGUUCAUCACCUCGGGGUGUGAUGGAUCACAUGGCUGAUGUGUUACUGUCGGUAUGCAAGGCUCACACACAACACAUCCACAAAUGGUUGGAGGUUAUGGUAGACAAGGAAGGUUAUCCAUCAAUACGAUUGCAAAAGGAAGACAAACAAAAGUUCAUCAAAAAUAUUAUGAGAAAUCCUGUGAAUAAGAGAAGGGUACGCGAGGCUGUCACAGAAUUCACCUUCCUGGCUCGAGGGCUGAUGGGAACAGAAUACGCUGCACACUCUACACCGAUGAUCUAGGUCAAGGUCGAUAUCGUGAAGAUUGUGGAUGGUGAUGAUGGACUGACAGGAUGGGAAAUCCAGGCAGUGCAAGGAGGGUAUCUGUAGGGGCUGGGGAUGAUCUGAUUUGGGGUAUGUGGGUGGGUUCUGCAGCAAAAGACUGUGGUAGACAAACUCUCUUAACAUGUCCAUGGGCUGGCCGACUUAGCCCAUUGACUGUGUCUGUUCGAAUCUUUGGUGAAGUGUGAAUACACAAGAUAAGAUCUGGAAAAAAGGUGGAAAAAAUGUUUAACAUACAAUGUAGGAAUAUGUGAGACGAAUGAAAAUCAACCACAGUACAAAUUUACCAUGCCGUAAGGGACACUACAGCUGGCACUUGUUCUUAACUUCAUGUAAAGCCCAGAUUUAACAAAAGUUCUAGUUUCUGGUGUAUAGGCUGUGUUCCACACUGAUUUUUACCAACUAUGUUGUGAGACAACAAAGGGUUGUUGUUGUAGUAUAACUCAGGUGCUGUAUAGUUAGUUUCCUAUAUAUUCUGUACAGUAUAAAAUAUCUAACAGUGUUUUGAGUUGAAAUUUGAAAGAGCAAAAUACUACUGUUUCUUCCCCUGGGUUGAUGAUAGUCUGCAUAUUUUUGUUUUUAAAGAUACUACGCUGCAUUAUCAAAACACAACUGGUAACCUGCAUAGGUUUUUUUUGUUUGAAAGAUAUUAUGAUGCAUUAUGAAAACAUAAUUGCACAUGUUUUUUAGGUUUUGUGAUGUACCCAGUAGCCUGGUAACUCUGUCAAGUGACUACUAAUGUAAACAGUUUGACUUUACUCUGAACAUUCAGCCCUAACGUCAGACUCCCAAUCUUUUCUGUCUGCAGUGUAAAGCAGUGCAUCAAUGAGUUUUAAAGUUACAAGUUGUGUGACUAAUUAACAGAUCUCAGGGGCAAUAAUAAAGCCUUAAAAAUGUGCUAGAGGAGCCAUCUUGGCGGACAAACUGACAGCUUCAAGAAAAUAUACUGUUCUCACAUUGAUGUAAAAUUUUGAUUGACAAUGCCAACUGAUCACUUGUUUCUCUCCAGUUAAAAAAAAAAUUAUGAUUGUGUAUUGCAAAGGUUGUGUAUAGAAUCUCGAACAAGUGACAAGUGUGUUACUGUAUGUACUGCGUUAAUCCAUGUGUAAGCGUAAGCAUUUUUGUGUAGUCAUUGGAUUGUAUUUAGAACACGUCGUGAUAAAUGCUGAUAAAAUUAAUAAAUUUUUACUAAUUCUGUUCCAAUUUGACUGUUAUUGCUGGAGAGAUACUGAAUCAUGGGGAUAUACUGCUAUGUCUUUCCAAUCUUAAGGUGCUGUCAUAUGAGAAAUGUGUAACUUUGAUAUUCAUGCAUGUUUAAAAAUGAUAACAUGAACAAACAUGUAAAAAGUGAACGGUAUUUAUGUUGAGCAUAUGUGUAGGUAGGAAAUAUGUCAUUAAAAAACUGAAAUGUUUUCCUCAACUCUUUGGAUAUGGCUAUUUAUUUGUACAGUGCUAUCAAAAUGUUUCCUAACUAGUGCAUUAUAUAAACAAGUUGUUUACUGUCAACUCUUUCAUAAGAACCCCACAUCAUAUUUUCUAAUACAUGUACAUCUAACUUGUAAUGUUUUUCUGUAUAAUCAAUGUUUUUUUGUUGUUUUUUGUUUACACAUGAAAAGCUGAUUUGUAAUUAGUUGUUCAUUUUAUGGUUGAUUACCAAUGGCUAUUUGACCAGGCUAGAUGUGUUAUAGCAUCUAAUUGUGUACAUUUAGUGCUCAUCAGAUAUUUAAUUUCCAGGACUCCAUUCAUUUCCUUUUUUUUUCCAUGGGAACAGACUUUACUGAAGAGUGCUGCCUGUCUAGUCUUUUGUAGACACAAGUCAUAUUAGGUGCCAUCAUUGUCAGAAACUGUGAGCCAUGACAGAGGAAUAAGAUUGGUGGAUAUUUGAAUCAGGUUGUAUUAAGAAAUAAUCAUGAAUAUAGUGAUUGUUUAUGAAACAAUUUCAAACCUCUGUUUGUUGAGAUAUGUGAAUUUUUGAGAAGGAAAUUAGGUUUGAAUGAUUGUUCAUGUUUCAGUGUUUGUGUGGAUGUACAUACUUGUGUUUCAAAAUGACCUCAGAAAACUGCUUCCAAAUUCCAUUCCUCGUUUGUAAUCAUUAGUAACUAUUAGCUGUUGGGUUUGAGGGUCCUUGACCAGCUGAGCACUACUACACCAGUCACAAAGUUGCCAUGGUGAGCUAAUUUGAUUGUAACUACCACAGCAGCCACAAAGCUGUGAUGAUAAGCUUAGUUGAUUCAACUACCACAGCAGCCACAAACCUGUCAUGAUGAGCUAUUUUGAUUGUAACUACCACAGCAGCCGUGAUGAGCUAAUUUGAUUGUAACUACCACAGCAGCCACAAAGCUGCCAUGAUAAGCUUAGUUGAUUCAACUUCCACAGCAGCCACAAACCUCUCACGAUGAGUUAUUUUGAUUGUAACUACCACAGCAGCCAUGAUGAGCUAAUUUGAUUGUAACUACCACAGCAGUCACAAAGCUGCAAUGAUAGGCUUGGUUCAUUGUAACUACCACAGCAGCCAUGAGGCUGCCAUUAUAAAUUAAUUUGAUUGUAAUUACCACAGCUGCCACAAGGUUGCCAUGAUAAGCUAAUUGGAUUGUGAUUACCACAGCAACUACAAAGCUGCCAUUAUGGGUCAAGUUGAUUGUAACUACCAUGGCAGACAUAUAGCUGUCAUCAUGGGAUGGUUGACAAAGCUGCCAUGAUAGGCUAAUUAGCUACCACGAUAACCAACGUUAAAAGGCAUCUAUACAUGUAGUUAGAUUCAAAUUAGCUUACAAUAUCUUGGUUCAACAGGGCUCUGAUAUACAGUUAUGACCAGUUUAUAUAAUUUUAUGCUCUACAAAUCUUAUGCAAGUUUUUGGUUAUUUUCAUUUACUGCAAAAUUAGAAGUGUCCAACUAUUUAACUGUUCUACUGAACUGAAGUUGAUAGGUAUUUGCUAUUAUUAAUGCCUCGUGAAUUCAAUAAACAUGUUUAUUGGCAUAACACUAUUUUAUGAGCAUAAAAGAUGAAAAAAGAAACACCAAGAUAAAGUUAAUUAUAUGGGCUGUGGAAGUGAAAAAAAGAUAAUUUCGUACCUUACAAACUGAAAUGCUGUGUGUUUUUAAUAGCCGUUUUAGUGGACUGCAAAACUGAACUGUGUCCUGUUGUAAGGUAGUGCACGGGUGACAUACAUAUUUCAGAUUGUAAAGUUAAGUUUAUUUAUUUACGGGCUGAUUUCUUAAUAUUACCUUAUUUCAUUUACUUGUCAUGUUUUAGGCUUAGCUGUCAUUUUCUAUGACCACACCUUGUCGGUUUUGUGUUAUAAUGGCUUGCUCCUACAAAUAUCAAAAACUUUUAUAGCGCAAAGUAAAUGACCAUUCAUAUCAUUACAGCCACUACGUGUAUAUAUGCACAGGUCUGCCUUUGAGUGCAAGUAAAACACAAUUUUUGUGGUUUAUUAAUUGAACAGACUAAAAUUUGAGUGUGACUGAAUUCAGAUUCAGUUUGGUCAAAACUAUAUUCGGGCUGUCCAUAAGCCAUCAAAUAUGGUUUGGGUUAAAAGGGAUAUUUUUGUUUUUUCUGUGAAAAAAAAGUUGUUAAAAUGUGUAAAAGUUGUUCAAUGAUGCUAAUAUGGAUACUUUUUUUCUACCCUGAUAGUAAAUCCUAAAUGGCUGUCCAUAUACAUGUCUGUUGUCCAGUGCUUCGACGCCACGACCACGUUU